CGCCUCGGACAGAAGAGGUUGGGGGAGUCACUUAUCCCCCUAGGUCAUGCUGUGAGUCAGAAAUUGAACUCAGAAUCCUGCUCCAGCCACUUGACCACGCUGCCUCUGCUGUAGCAGCCAGAACAACGUAAGGGGGCGUGUAAUGAGUGGCUACAGCUGUGUUCACCCCCAUGCCUCUGUGUUUGUCUGCACUGGGGGGUUGUGCAGACCCCUCAUGUGGAGAACGUGCACGGGUGUGAAGAAUGCCUGGCUCUGUGCUCCACGUGGCUGCAUUGGUUCCAGUGACCCCUGUGUGGAGGAGCCCUGGCAUUCCUGCUUUGAAGACAUCCCGGUCGGGCGAGUCCUGCUCCUGCCAUGGCCGGGAGAGUAACGGCUUGGGUCUGGGACCCUCCGUGGCUCGCGCUGCAAACCCAGGUUCUGCAGAGCGAACAAGGGGAUGGGAAUUCCUGCUCAAAACAGCCCCCGUCUCCGCGGACAUUCAGAGCAGCACACAGGGAGCCAGCCUGCCAGCUCCCAGCUGAGAAAGGAUCCAUCCCCACAAACAGCCCACAGUGCUUCCCCGAGGUGACAAUCCCUGUCCCCACCACCCCCAACUAGGCAACCGGUGCCUUUAAGGUCAAAGGGACGAGAUGCUCCCCAGCGCGAGGAGUGAAGCCCCCCUUGGGGUGGGGGGGAACUGAAGCGCAGAGGAAGGAGUGGGGAGGCGUUUACAGGUGAGCCAGCGAGUCUGAGGUUAGGGGAGGCUCUUCCAGACCUCACGGUCUGCAGAGCAGGAGGCCCCCCCUCAUAGGCGCGGGGGGGGCAAGGAGAGGGAGCUGGUGCAAAUCUCCCAGAGUUUAAGAACCAGGAAGCAGGGAUGAGCUGGCUGGGAGGUGAUGCAGCCACCUCGGGGGGGACAGAUCUUGAACAGUGUCCAGCGCAGAAGCAAGGAGAACAAGACUCCUGCAUGCAAUUAAAAUUGGAGGGGGGGCAACGAGUUCAGAAUGUUGUCACCAGUGCUGGACUUUGGCCAGGCCAGCGGGGUUAGCACCUGUGGAAAGCCCAGCAGCCCAGUUGGGUUUUUGCAUUUCCCUGGAAACACGCCACCUCACAGCAUCCUGGGGCAUGACUCAAAGGGAGGCAAGGAAUCACCUACUGACUCAGCAGCUUCCCACCAUCCCUGGGUUUUCCCCACUGGUCUCCCCUCCCCGGUUAGCUCCCGAGCUGGGACAGCCACCAGCUCUGUUGGGGGGGCUGGGGGCGUGGAUGGCUCCAGCCCCCCUGCCCCAGCUGGAGCUGCUACGGUCCCUAAUGAAUUAAGGUGGCUCUGGGCACAUGGCUGGGGACUGUUGGCAGGAAGUUUUUUGCUGAGACAGCGAGGUUUUGUGCCUGUCACCUUGGUUAAUGCAGUCACUGACAUAGGCAGGGGGCAGCCGAGCGCGGCGGAACGCUCUGUGUCUCUCCCAGGACAGAGACGCUGCAGAUCCACCUGACAGCAUGUAGCCAGACAGCCAGCCCCCCCCCCCUCAGACCAGCAUUGCUGGAAACACAGGAGGAAGCAGGAACAGGGCACUUAACAUAUAUUCCAGCACAGCCUUUGAAGCACAGGUGUGCUGCUACAAUGUGCCUCUGGGAACAGAUACGACGAUUAAGCUCACAGCAGGCAGAGGCCCUGUGACAGACAUGGCUCUUAGCCCCUACUAAGUAGCGUGAUACACACACACCAACAUCCUAGGUGGGAAAAUAUUUACCCUGAUAAAAGAAAUGUCCAGUAGUCGAAACUUAUUGUUUCUCUCCCUUGCAAGUGUAAACUACUCUUGCAAAAGCUGGCGUCACGACAGACCAGCCUCAAUUUGGCAUAAGAAAGGAGAAAGAGAAUAAAGGAGUACAGAGGUAUAAGUAGGGGACCUACAGCACCAUGAUUUUUGAGUGCUUUUCACUAUCUAUCUGCUGGUCAGAUAAGUGACAGCCUCCCAAGGCUUCUGCAGCUAAGAGGGUCCCUACGCCUUGUCCCUUAUUUGUCUUUCCGCGGAAUUGAGUGACCGAUCCUGGCUUGGCACCGCUGGAAUCGAGAGAUGCAAGGAGGGAAUGGUCCCAUGGUUCCGAGCAACCUGCCAGCUAACCUGUCAGCAAAAUGGACCAUGCAGCAGACCUGUUUGAUCACUAGAGACUACUAUGGACUGUUGAUAUAUUUGCCAUUACUUAUAAUAGCAGGUGUAAUUUUUGCUUUUGGUUUUAAAAUAAGUUUUUUAGCUAGAACACGACCCACCAGAGAUAUGUUCCUGCAAGCCCUCAUGAUCCUUCUGUUGGCUCCAGUCACCUUGGCAAUACCAGAACAUCCUCUUCGGGGAGCAAUCCAAACCAUCGCCUCAGCUGCUGGUGCUACAAAUUGCUGGAUGUGCACCUUGCUAGAUUCAACCAAUGGACUGGGACUUGAAUUUGUACCACUCAGCCUAAAUGAUUGGUGGAACAAAAGCGACAUCGUUCAGUGGGGACCAGCAUGGUACACCAACAACCCUCACAAUGACUCGGGGGAGGUGGGACAAUGGCAUCGCACUGUUUGGGGACAGCCUGUGGAAUAUGUAACGGGAUCAUCUAAAGAAGUAUACCCUAUUUGUUUUGAAACUCAGGGUGACAUACAAAUGGGUAGUCUAGAUAAGCAGCAAUGUGCCCAUACAAUUGUAUUUGAUCAGAAAAGUGGGGGUUGGACUACCUACCCACCCAUGAGCGACAAAAGGACUUUAAAAUGUUGGAAAGGUCCCAUCAAUGGCACACUUGAACAUAGACCCCUUUUUAGCAUACAUAAUGCCACAAUUGUUCCCCUGAAUAUGAGUAGAUACCCUGAAAGCAGAGAUUGGUAUGACCAAUCACUGUUCUUUAUUCCCAGUUCCGGACACAUUUAUAACCCAUUGCUAAUCAAAUCUAUUAACUCCUUAUUAGAUCAGUGUAAUGAAAAUGGACUUUUUCGCUCAGAUCAAAUUUUAGAAGAUUUGUUAAUAGUUUUGCUCUGUACUAACAUUAAGAUGGGAUAUUGUGUUCCAUAUCACCAACCCAUACCUAAACCUGAGGGGGGCAGGUGGCACAGAGGACCUUAUUCACCUAUUCUUAGUAAAGAACCUGGCUUGUUCUUUAUUUGUGGGGACAAGGCAUAUAAAUAUCUACCUGUAGGUUGGACUGGAAGGUGUUCACUGGGACAUGCAGUACCCGAGGGACUAACAGUACACCCUCAUGUUAAUGCCCCCAGAAUAACAAAUCUGGGAAGUUUUAUACAUCGGUCCAAACGAAAGUUCACCUAUAACCCCCUGAUUGAACGGCCCUCUGGUUUUCACCGAUUUACACGUGCACUUAUACCUUGGUUAGGUAUAACUGAGCUCGAGAUGGCAAUAGCAAACGUUUCUGGACAAUUGGAAAUUGCUCUGAAUCAUACUGCUGAUGCAUUAGGGCUUUUAAAUGAACAACUUCAGUCUGUGGCCCGAUAUGCUCUGCAGAACAGAAUAGCACUGGACGCUACCCUAGCCCAGCAAGGAGGAGUGUGUGCUGUCAUCAACCAAUCUUGUUGUUUUUAUGUAAAUCAUUCAGGGCAAAUAGAGCAAGAUGUGGUUGCUAUUAAAGGUGCAGUUAAAAUUUUACAUGCAGUGGCUGAGAAUGGACAAACCUCAUGGAUGCAAUGGUUAGCUCAACACUUGGGAUUUUCCCUCUCCCCGUUUUUACAUUCGGUUGUAAAUACUGUUUUAACCAUUUUAAUUAUUGUAAUUGUUUUUUGUGUCACUUUAUGUAUUAUGAAGCGUUUGAUUCAAACUGCUCUUUCCUCCACGCAAAUCAAAUACCUAGAGCUAAAAAGGGAUCCUAACCAAUUCCGCGAACCCUCAUCCUCUAAUUUGGUUGUUGGGUAUUGCUAGAUUUCCCCAAGGAGGGCAAGAGGUGCUGGCAUCACCGCCACCUUGCAAUCUGGGAUGUAGUGUGGUGCAUCAGGGGGUGGAAUGUAGCCAGACAGCCAGCCCCCCCCCCCUCAGACCAGCAUUGCUGGAAACACAGGAGGAAGCAGGAACAGGGCACUUAACAUAUAUUCCAGCACAGCCUUUGAAGCACAGGUGUGCUGCUACAAUGUGCCUCUGGGAACAGAUACGACGAUUAAGCUCACAGCAGGCAGAGGCCCUGUGACAGACAUGGCUCUUAGCCCCUACUAAGUAGCGUGAUGCACACACACCAACAUCCUAGGUGGGAAAAUAUUUACCCUAAUAAAAGAAAUGUCCAGUAGUCGAAACUUAUUGUUUCUCUCCCUUGCAAGUGUAAACUACUCUUGCAAAAGCUGGCGUCACGACAGACCAGCCUCAAUUUGGCAUAAGAAAGGAGAAAGAGAAUAAAGGAGUACAGAGGUAUAAGUAGGGGACCUACAGCACCAUGAUUUUUGAGUGCUUUUCACUAUCUAUCUGCUGGUCAGAUAAGUGACAGCCUCCCAAGGCUUCUGCAGCUAAGAGGGUCCCUACGCCUUGUCCCUUAUUUGUCUUUCCGCGGAAUUGAGUGACCGAUCCUGGCUUGGCACCGCUGGAAUCGAGAGAUGCAAGGAGGGUAAGAAGCACCCACACCUGAUCUCCUAUCUUUAGUGUACACAUAUUUUGAAAUAGAGCUCUGUACUUUGUUUUCUUUCUUUGGGAUUGUGGCUUCAGUUUUGUAACUUGUUUGUGUGUGUAACAUCUCUACAUUUAAAUAAGUAGGCACUAGCAAUUUUGUAACCACAUGAUUAGAAUCUAGCUUAAUAAAUUUGGUAACCAUUUAUGCAUAA